AUGAGCGUGCCCGGGAAGCCGGGGGAGAUGAAGCCGGCCGGAGAAGAGGAGCGGCCACCGGCGGCGGCCGAGGAAGAGGACGACGACGAGUUGGUGGCAGCGGCUCCGGCCUCACGGCCGGCCCGAAGGAGUGCCUCCUCGAGAGAGGACGCGGACGACGACGAAGAGGAGGAGGCGAUGGUGGUCGGGGGCGGUGGCUGCAAGGAGCAGGAGCUGACCUACGAGCUGCAGCAGGGCUACCGCAUCCUGGGCGAGUUCCUGCAGGAGAAGCACCGAGGCCUCACCGCCCCAUUCCUCCAGCCCUUGGGGGGCGUUGCCACCAGGGAAGAGGAGGCGGCCGAGGGGCCGCGCGGCGGAGGCCGGGGCAGUCGCGCUCUCCCGCAGCAGCCCGGUGAGGGCAUGUGUCUGCUGAAGAUGGAGGAGAAAUUCGCCAGCGGCCAGUACGGGGGCAUCACCGAGUUCGUGGCGGACUUCAGGUUGAUGCUGGAGACGUGCUAUCGCCAGCAUGGAGUGGACCACUGGAUCUCCAAACAGGGCCAGAAGCUGGAGAUGAUGCUGGAGCAGAAGUUGGCGCUUCUUUCUCGGCACUUGAGAGAAAAGACAACGAUAGCAGUUACAUCUAGAGGCUAUUAUGGAUUGGAGGAUGAGAAGGGAACUGCAUGUACUUCAACAAGGCGUCGGUCAACACCACGAAGUUUGGCAGGCUUGACAAGUGGAGUUUUUGAAUCUGUAAUGGUUCAAGUUUUGAGACAGGAAGAACAGCUGAGAGCAAAAGAAGAAAAAAGGCUUCGGGAACAGGAAAGGAAAGAAGCAGAAGAAGCUAGUCAAAAGGAAAUAGAAGAAUGGGAAAGGAAACUUCUAGCUCAAGCAGCUCCAGCUUGCAUGGAGACCAUGUGGGAAAUUCCGGCCAUUGGGCAUUUCCUUUGUUUAGCCCAGCAAAUUUUAAAUUUGCCAGAAAUAGUCUUUUACGAAUUGGAACGUUGUCUUCUGAUGCCUCAAUGUAAUGCUUUUCUAUCUAAAAUAAUGACUUCUCUAUUAAGUCCUCCCCAUCGCAGACCUACCUUACAUCGAAGACCUACUUUGCCUUAUAAGACCUGGGAAGCAGCACUGAGGCAGAAGGUGCAGCAGUGGUACACGGCUGUAGGGCAGACAGAAAAUCCUGACAACUGUGCCGAAAAACUUGGGUUGUGUCCUCAGUUUUUUAAAGUUCUUGGAGAAGUUAAUCCAUUGGAAGAAAAACAUUUUCAUGAACUACCUUUCUACCAAAAAGUGUGGCUACUUAAGGGUCUUUGUGACUUUGUGUAUGAAACACAAAAGGAAGUUCAAGAUGCUGUACUUGGGCAGCCUAUUCAUGAAUGCAGGGAAGUUAUUCUUGGUUAUGAUUAUUUGGAGAAUGCUUAUGUACAUUUUCCACAGUUUUGUGGUGCAGAUGUACGGAUUUACAAACAAAGACCCUUUCAGGCCCCAGAAUUUCCAAUUCCACCCAUUAAAAUACAAAGAGUACCUCGAAUUAAACUGGAGAAAUUGAAGUGUGACUAUGUUAGUGCAAGCAAUGGAGAACAUAGGUGUAGUAGAGAAGGCCUGCCCUCUGCCUUCAGAAAAGAGCAGGAAAUUAAUUUUGAUCCAACCUGCUGCCCUGCUAAAAUGAACUUAGAUAAUCAUGACAUCUCUGUUGAAACGGAAGUGAAAUCUAACUGUGAAAUUAGAAUUCGCAGGUCCUGUGAAAUGAAUAUAACUGAUUGUUGUAAAGAAAAUUUAGAGAAACCAGGAAGUCCAGGGGAGGUUACUAGCUUUGGAGAGCCUCUCAGUCCAGGUGAAAUAAGGUUUAUAGAAAAUCAGGAAAAAUAUGGUGAAGCUUCCAGAGUAAAGCCUGAACCCAGUCCAUUAAAAGAAAAUGCUCUGAAAUCUUGCCAGAUACAUGUAAAUGGAAGCCACAGUGAUCAUCCAGACAUUAACUGCCACAAAGUUGUAAGGGAUAUUCUAUUAGAACAGUCACUGCAGAGCCACAAGAAACUCAAACUAACUAAAAUGAGGGCAAAAAAGAAGAAAAAGAAAAAAAAGAAAUUGAAAGAUAUUUUGAAUGAAAACUUACAGAGAAAGCGCGAAAGUCUUCAUUCCCUUGCAUUCAAGUCUUACAAACCUGAGAUCCAGAAUAAGUUACUGAUCAUCAAAAAGAAAGCAAAACACAAGAAGCACAAAUCUGGAAAAAAAUCCAUAUCUAAAAAAGCAAUCACAAAGAAGAGGAAAACUGUCACAAAGUCACCUACUGUACCAGAAUUUCAGCUUAUUUGCACUAAUCUUGAUGAACUCAGGGAAUUAAUCACAAAAAUCGAGAAUGAACUCAAAGAUCUGGAAAACAAUAGAAAAAAAUCGGGCAAAUGGUAUCAUCGGAGGCAAGCUGUAAAAGAAUUACAUAGUACAUUGAUACGUCUUUUAAACGAAUUAUUGCCAUGGGAACCAAAGUUAAUGAAAGCUUUUCAAAGAAACAGGAGUCGCCUAAAGAAAGACUAUGAUGACUUUAGAAGACAGCCUGAUCAUGAUAAAUUUGCUAGAGAACUGUGGACUAGUGAAGAAGGUGAAGGAGAUCCUGGAAGAGAAACCCCUAAAGUAGAAAUCAGUAGCAAAUCUAUAGACACCACAGAACCUCUAGAUAUCCUGGAGAAGGAUCAUUUUGAUUCAGAUGAUAUGAAAUUGUCAGAAAUAGAUUUUCCUAUGGCCAGAAGUAAGUUGUUGAAAAAGGAAUUGCCUUCUAAAGAUCUAAAGACACUGCCUAAAACACUUAAACGACAGUCCAAGCAAAUUAGUUACCUGGAUGAUAGCACAAAAGAGCUUUCCCCAAGGAAGAAAGCUAAGUUAAGCACAAAUGAGACAGUGGUUGAGAAUGUAGAAGGUGAUGUGCAGAUGGACUGUUUGAAUGAAUCAAAGCAUACAGAGCCACUGUUUCCAGAGUCGUUUGCCUCAUUGGAUUCAACACCAGUGUCUACUCUCCAGAAAGGGACCAAACCUAUUCAGGCCUUGCUUGCAAAGAAUAUUGGGAACAAAGUGACCUUAACAAAUCAACUGCCCCCUUCCACAGGUAGAAAUGCCCCUGCUGUGGAAAAACCAGUUAUAUCUCCUCCAGAAGCAAGCCCCAUAAAGCCAGCAUUGACCUGCCACACCAGUACAAAAGGUCCUUUACAGAUGGUAUACAAAAUGCCCUGUGGCCAGUGGUUGCCCAUAGAUCUUCAUAACAGCUCUGUAAAGAUUCAGAUGCAACCUAUGCUAGAUCCUAAAUCAGGAGAAAAAAUUAUGCAACAGGUUCUCAUUCUGCCUAAGAGUUUUGUGAUUCAGCACAAGGAAGGGAAAGCAGUUGCGAAAGAAAUACCACCACUUCAACAAAAAGGUACAGAACAACAUGGUUCAUCUUUCCCACAGACAGCAAAUGUAAACUCUUCUUUACCAUCAGUUCUUGUCAACCCAACAGGAACUGUUUCUACCCAACUAUCUAAUACAGCUUUCAACAAGACAGUUACCCCUUUGUCAAAUGUGAGUAGUGCUAGACCACAGUCUUUGACACCUGUAACCUCCAUAAGUAAUUUGUUAGCACCACCAGUUAAAACUAGCCAGAGUGAGGCAGGAAAAGUCAAGAACACAGUUUCAGCCGCCGCAUUCCCACAGCCCACUGCUUCACCCAGUACCUCCUCCACAGUUCAGCCUCAGUUAUCAGCAACAACACUAAAUGGAUCUACAAAUCCUCCCGCUAGUUCCCUCAGCUGUUUUGCACAACAAACUGCUGAUUCUUCUGAAGCAAAGCAAGAACUGAAAACUGUGUGUAUCAGAGAUUCACAGUCAAUUCUUGUUAGGACACGAGGUGGAAACACUGGAGUUGUAAAAGUUCAGACCAAUCCAGAUCAGAGUUCCCCCAGCAGUCUAUCUUCAGGUUCAGUUUUUACUAUUGCUCCUCAGCUUCAGGCAUUUCUGGUACCAAAGUCAUCAGCUUCCUCAUCAUCUGCUUUUUCGUCAGUAGCUGGAACAACUGCUACAUCUAAUCUCCCUUCUUUUGGCCAAGCACCUACUUCUGUUUCCAUUCCAGCUGGCUUUAAUCCAUCCACGGGGAAAAAUCUUAAAUUUACAUUAAGCCAACCUUCCUGCAGUGGUAAUUUGGGCCAUACGAUAGAUAAAACUUCACCCAUGCCUUCCUCUCCCUUAAAGUCCUCUGUUUCUUCCAACACUCUAUUAUCAUCAACAGCAAAUAGUUCGGUAAGUGUAAUUAGCAUAUCAACAGGAAAUUUUGGACAAACCAGUUCAAAUGUUAUUCGUACACCAGCGAAACAUCAACAAGUAGAUUAUGUCACAAAAAGUUACCCUGUUACAAGAUCAGACACAACAGCAGCAGCAAGUGGAGAUACUGUCAGUGGGACUCCAGUGCAGAAACUUAUGCUGGUGUCAGCUCCAUCUGUUCUUUCUUCUGGCAGUGGAACUGCGAUUAAUGUGACACCAGCACCAACAUCUCCAGGUGUUUCUGCCCAGAAAUUAGUUUUUAUAAAUGCUGCAAUUCCCAGUGGCACUUCAACCCCAACCAUUGUAGCAGAACCAUUAAAACAAGCUCUUCCUUCUCCACUGAGUAAAACAUAUGUUAAGUCUCCAGAACAGCCCCAGAUAGUACUAAUUCCAUCUACAGUGGGAACACCAAUAAAAAUAAAUUCAUCACCAACUGUGUCUCAGAUAAAAGAUGUGAAAAUUGGGCUAAACAUAGGCCAAGCAAUUGUUAAUACUUCAGGCAAUGUGCCAGCUGUGCCAUCAAUUAACAUACUGCAAAAUGUAACCUCAAAAGGCGAAGAAAAAAGUAGCAAGGGCUAUGUUUUACCAUUGUCAACAAGUGGCAGUUCAAUUCCAGUAAGCUCAAAUUUUAUGAGUCAAAAUAUUACUCCUGUUAAUGAAUCAGUGGUUUCUGCUUCAAGAACAGUAAACAUGUUUUCAGGAACAGGAGCAAAUGUAUCUUUGGGUUCUGUUUCAGUGACCUCAACCUGUGCCUCAGUUGGGACACGACCUCCUGUUUUAGUCAGUGGAAAUGAUACCUCUUCAAGAAUUAUGCCUAGUUUGUCAAACAGACUUUGCACGUCAAAUCUCGGAAACACUGUGGCUAUAUCAACUGUGAAAACAGGACAUCUUGCAUCAUCUGUUCUGAUUUCAACUACACAACCAACAGUGUCUCCGAAAUGUUUAACAUCAGCUUUGCAAAUCCCUGUUACGGUUGCCUUGCCUACACCUGUGACUGUGUCCCCUAAAACAAUCAACACUGUUCCACAAGCAGCAACAGCACCAGGAGCCACACGUUCUGUAUCUCUUUCUAAAAGACAAUCUCGGACUUCAGUCCAGUUUCAGUCACCGGGGGUUUCAACUACAGUGCCAACAAAUAUAAAUACAAAUAAACCUCAAACUGAAUUGCCAUCCCUUUCACCAAAUCCAGGUAAAAUAAUUAACAUUUCCAAUUUUGCUUCUCUGCCAAACCAGCAAAUGUCCCCUGCUUUCUUAAAAUCAACCCCUAGUUACAGUUCUACUCCAGGUGUCACUGCCAUUCACACUGCUACAGCACCAUCAAAUAUAACUAGUGUAAUAGGGAGUCAGUUCAGUGAACCUUGUAUUCAGCAAAAAAUAGUCAUCAAUACCAGUACACCUUUGGCACCUGGUACUCAGAUCAUGAUUAAUGGAGCCCGGUUUAUUGUUCCACCACAAGGUCUUGGAGCUGGCAGCCAUGUUCUCCUUAUAUCUACUAAUCCAAAAUAUGGACCUCCCUUAGUUCUUAAUAAUGGCCAAGGCACUCAGCCUACACCAGUAGAUAACCUGGCCCAGAAGAUCACACUAGCAUCAAAUAAUUCCUUAAGUGGGCAACCUGUAAAACAUUGUCCAAAAAGCUCUACAAAAAUUGUAAACUCUCUUGGGAAUGCAAGUUCUCUAUCCACAGUACCUGCAGCACCACAAAUUAUAAACCCAACUGCUAAAGUUUCUGUUCCACCUCCUGUACCAACAGUGUCACUGACUUCAGUAAUUCAGUCUCCUCCAGCAACUCUUUUGGCUAAGACAUCUUUAGUUUCUGCCAUUUGUUCUAGUAAUCCUCCACUGCCAAGUAACACUUCAGUAUUUCAUUUGGACACAUCAGUCAAAAAAUUAUUGGUCAGUCCAGAAGGAGCCAUUUUGAAUACCAUAAAUACUCCAUCAUCUAAGGUUUCUUCAGCCUCUCCAUCACUCUCUCAAAUUGUAUCUGCCAGUCGAAAUCCUGCCUCUGUCUUCCCUGCUUUUCAGUCAUCUGGCUUAGAGAAGCCUGACACAGCUGCAUCUUGA